GUAGCAGAUAUUUACAGGUCAAAAGACAAGGCUGAAGCAGUCAGAAUCAGCAAUAAGCCCUAGUUCUAGUUCCAGCCGCCUGAUUCUCCCUCCCUAAAACCCUAACCCCGAAACAUUCUUGAUUUUUUGAUAAUCUUGAGCGAAAACCAUGGAUACUCAAAACAAUGUUGAUGUCAAAAACCAGCCUACCAAAAUCAGGUUCGAGUAUGACGACGAUGAGGAAGCGGGGACCCUCGAAGAAGUGGCCACCGAGAGCUCUAAUCUCGAGGAAGACACCGCCAUGUGCGAGCCGGAGGAUUCGUUUGCUGCUGGGGAUGAUAAGACCAGCGCCGAUUAUUACUUCGAUUCUUACUCACAUUUCGGUAUCCAUGAAGAAAUGUUGAAGGAUGUAGUUAGAACUAAGACAUACCAAAAUGUCAUUUAUAAGAAUUCCUUCCUUUUCAAGGACAAAAUAGUCCUUGACGUGGGCGCUGGGACUGGAAUCCUCUCACUAUUUUGUGCCAAAGUUGGGGCUAAACAUGUUUAUGCGGUGGAAUGCUCCAGCAUGGCCGAUAUGGCUCAGGAGAUAGUAAAGCUAAAUGGUUAUUCAAAUGUGAUAGCAGUUCUUAAGGGGAAGAUUGAAGAAAUUGAGCUUCCAGUUGCUCAAGUUGAUGUUAUUAUUUCUGAGUGGAUGGGCUAUUUUCUGGUCUAUGAAAAUAUGUUAAACACAGUCCUUUACGCUCGUGACAAAUGGCUUGUCCAAGAUGGUCUUGUAUUGCCGGAUAAAGCUUCUCUCUAUUUGACGGCAAUUGAAGAUGCUGAUUACAAGGAAGACAAGAUUGAAUUCUGGAAUAAUGUAUACGGAUUUGACAUGAGCUGCAUUAGGAAGCAGUCCAUAAUGGAACCUCUUGUUGACACUGUAGAGCAAAACCAGAUUGUCACAAACUGCCAAUUACUCAAGACGAUGGACAUAUCUAAAAUGACUGCAGGAGAUGCUUCCUUCACUGCCCCUUUCAAGCUUGUUGCAGAACGCGAUGACUACAUCCACGCUCUUGUUGCUUAUUUUGAUGUUUCUUUUACCAAGUGCCAUAAGUUGAUGGGCUUCUCUACCGGACCCAAGUCACGUGCCACUCACUGGAAACAAACAGUUCUAUACCUAGAAGAUGUGCUGAGUAUAUGCCAAGGGGAGGCCGUAAUAGGGACACUGACUGUCGCACCCAAUAAGAAGAAUCCUCGUGAUGUGGAUAUAACGCUAAAGUAUUCGCUAAAUGGUCGGCAUUGCCAGGCCUCAAGAACUCAAUAUUACAGAAUGCGCUGAUCAUGUUACACCUAAUGUUCUGUGGUGUUAAAUUUUGCUAUGGUGGGAGAAGUUACGGGAAUUGUCUGCUUAAGGCUGCUGCGUUUGAACUGUCAAACAGCUUCACUUGUUCUGCUAGCUGCUGCAAUUUUGUAGCUGCCGACAGCUUCCCGAUAAAGGUAAUGAAUGUCAUGUAUCCUAGAACGCAGCUGGGUUCCCAGCAUGUUGCCUGACGGUUUGCUGAGAUACAAUAACUUGCCAUUGUAGCUUAGUCAAUUAUAUUUAUAUUGAAAUUAUUGUUUGUGAGAUUC